AGAGAGAGAAAUAGGAUAUUGGUGGUGGACUGCAUCGAGUCCAGAGAACCCAAAAAAGAUCACGAAAAAUCUGUGUUUAACUUUUGGUUUUUAUUGAGGAAAUUCUCAACUUUUUACUCUUUAAAUACCAAUAACCCACAUUAAUACAUUCAUAGUUUUUGACUUAGUUUCUUGGUUUUUUUUCAGUUUUCAUAUACUUUUGCAUAUUUUUCUUAUAAUCAAGAAAGUAAGAAAUGGAAGCUGAUGGUUCUUUAACAAAGGGCUUGUCAAAUCAUAUUGAAAAACCCCAUGUUUUAGCUGUUGAUGACAAUUUAACUGAUCUUAAACUUGUCGAAAAGUUGCUCAAGAAUUCUUCUUGCAGAGUGACUACUGCAGAAAAUGGAUUGAUGGCUUUGGAGUAUUUGGGCCUGACUAGUGACAAACAAAGCUCUGUGGAUGACAAUGUGGAUGGCUUAGGUUCAAAGGUGAAUUUGAUAAUCACAGAUUAUUGCAUGCCAGGAAUGACUGGAUAUGAGCUACUUAAGAAAAUCAAGGAAUCAUCUGUCAUGAAGAAUGUCCCCGUUGUCAUAAUGUCAUCUGAGAACACACCAACUCGAAUUAACAAGUGCUUGGAGGAAGGAGCUCAUAUGUUUAUCCCAAAGCCUCUAAAAUACUCUGAUGUGAAGAAGUUGAGAUGUCAGCUAAUGCAAUGGGGAAGUUAAAAACAUAUUCUUCAGAAGUUUUGGGAUAGCAUGCACCUUCUGAUAUAUAUACUCCUAAAAUGUGUUCUCAAGCCAUGUUUGGAUAUAUCAGGCAAUUUUUGAGCUCAGCAUUUAUAUCAGCUCAUUCGUAUGUGAUCAAUUGUUGUUUUCUCUUGUAAAUUGCUAUUUCUUGUUUAGCCAAUGUAUAAUGCCAAACAUGGGGCAUUAAAAGAUGAAAGUAGAAUCUUCGUUUUUAUUGAAAAAAAUUGUUACAUUCUUAUGCUAUGUUCA